AAAAGCGGCAGAGCUGCCUUCAGUGCCACACUUGCAGCGACUGAUGAGGAUGGCGAUGCUGGGAGUUUUCAUCUCUGUUGCCCUCAUCCUGGGCACAGCAAAUGCAGCUUCUUUGGGAGCUGUGCAAACCGAGGGAGGGAUGGUACAGGGAAAGAGUCGCACCGUGGGACUCUUCCGCUAUAUGGACGUGUUCAAGGGAAUCCCCUUCGCUGCUCCACCUGGCAGAUUACAGAAACCUGUUCCUCACCCAGGCUGGGACGGUGUUCUGAAAGCCAACGACUACAGCAAAAGGUGCUUGCAGCUCAAUCUUCUCGCUACUGAUGUCGUGGGAAGUGAAGACUGUCUCUACCUGAACAUCUGGGUUCCUCAGGGCAGAACUGUGUCUACAAAUCUCCCUGUUAUGGUGUUCAUAUAUGGUGGUGCCUUCCUGCUUGGUGGUGGUCAGGGUGCAAACUUCUUGAACAACUACCUGUACGACGGACAGGAGAUCGCAGACAGAGGAAAUGUCAUUGUGGUGACAUUCAACUACCGUGUCGGAUCCAUGGGAUUCCUCAGCAGCGGAGAUGCUGACGCACCUGGAAACUAUGGUCUGUGGGAUCAGCACGCCGCUAUCUCCUGGGUACACAGAAACAUCAGGAACUUUGGUGGCAAUCCAGACAACAUCACCCUUUUUGGGGAGUCAGCAGGAGCAGCCAGCGUCAACUUCCAGAUUCUUUCCCCUAAAAACAAGGGCCUGAUCCGCAGAGCUAUCUCACAGAGUGGUGUUGCUCUCUGUCCCUGGGCUGUCAACAGAAAUCCACGACAGUACGCUGAGGAGAUUGCAAGAAAGGUAGGAUGUCCUACUGAUAGCGGGAUGGCUGCCUGUCUGAGGAGGACAGAUCCAAAGACCGUAACUCUUGCUGGGAAUGUGAAGCUCAGUUCAUCUCCUUCUCAUCCCAUUGUACACAAUCUGGCUCUGUCGCCCGUCAUUGAUGGUGAUUUCCUCCCCGACGAGCCUGAAACCCUGUUUGGGAAUGCCGCUGACAUUGAUUACAUCGCUGGAGUCAAUGACAUGGACGGCCACAUCUUUGCCACCCUUGACAUCCCCUCUAUCAACAACGCACUGGUGUCCACCGCUGUGGAGGAGGUCAGGACUCUCUCAAUUGCCCUGUCUGAAUCUAGAGGACUUGAUGCUGGAAUUGCAACUUAUGACGAGUACACCGUCAACUGGGGAAGCAAACCUAGUGAUAAGGACAUUAAGAAAACGGUUGUGGACAUGGAGACAGACUACAUUUUUCUGGUGCCAACCCAAGCAGCCCUGUACCUCCACUCUGACCAUGCCAAAUCUGGACGAACAUACUCGUACCUGUUCACUGAACCCUCUCGCAUACCUAUCUUCCCACUCUGGAUGGGUGCCGAUCACGCUGAUGACCUUCAGUAUGUGUUUGGGAAGCCUUUCGCAACUCCUCUGGGCUACUUCCCUCGCCACCGGGACGUCGCUAAAUACAUGAUUUCCUACUGGACCAAUUUUGCUCAAACUGGUGACCCGAACAAAGGUGAGUCCAAGGUUCCUGUGACCUGGCCCGAGUUUGCCAGCAGUGGACAUCAGUACCUGGAUAUCAACAACAAGAUGAACAGCAACAGUGUGAAGCAGAUGUUGAGAACACGUUUGGUUUAUUACUGGACUACCGUCUUUGCCAGCUACCCUGGUGUCCAGAAGAACUGAGCACUACCAACCCGACUAGAGAAUCAUGUAGCCAUUUUAGCAGUGAAUACGAUGCUAAGAUUCAUGCUAAGAUUCUUGCAAUAAACAAAAUAUAUGAUUAUCAAA